GAACAGAACUUCUGAGAAUGCGCUGUGUGAACUUUCCAAAGAAGGCAAUACAUGUGAGAGGACCCACAUGGUAGCAGCAGUUCAUUUGGAACCUGGCUGGUGGCUUUUAUCUUGGAUUUGAGGAUUUCACAAGCACACGGAGAUGCCUACAUGUAUAUAGCACAACUUGGAUGUUUAUCUCAAUGAUUGCUCCAGUUUGCAAAGAGCUGGCCCCAUCAACUGCAAAGGAGGGAGGGCCGCCUCUCCAACCUGGGGUGGCUACAUCUCGCUGCCAAAAUCUUUUGAAAUUUGGCACGGUUUUCGAAAGUCCGUGGAAAGAAAAAAAAAAACUUGCCCUAGCUUCGACUUCCAACUACGAAGACAGACCUGCUUCUUUCAACGGUUUUCACAGAUCUGGUGACCCACGCUCUGAAGUCAGAAUUAGCUAACUUUCAAAAACAUCUGGAAAAAUGAAGACAUGGUUAAAAAUUGUAUUUGGAGUUGCCACCUCUGCUGUGCUUGCUUUAUUGGUGAUGUGUAUUGUCUUACGUCCUUCAAGAGUUCACAACUCUGAAGAGAGUACAACACGAGCACUCACACUGAAGGAUAUUUUAAAUGGGACAUUUUCUUAUAAAACAUUUUUUCCAAAUUGGAUUUCAGGACAAGAAUAUCUUCAUCAAUCUACAGAUAAUAAUGUAGUAUUUUAUAAUAUUGAAACAGGAGAAUCAUAUACCAUUUUGAGUAAUACCACCAUGAAAAGUGUGAAUGCUUCAAAUUAUGGUUUAUCACCUGAUCGGCAAUUUGCAUACCUAGAAAGUGAUUAUUCAAAGCUUUGGAGAUACUCUUACACAGCAACAUAUCACAUCUACGACCUUACAAACGGGGAGUUUAUAAGAAGAAAUGAGCUUCCUCGUCCAAUUCAGUAUUUAUGCUGGUCGCCUGUUGGGAGUAAAUUAGCAUAUGUCUAUCAAAACAAUAUCUAUCUGAAACAAAGACCAGAAGACCCACCUUUUCAAAUAACAUAUAAUGGAAAAGAAAAUAAAAUAUUUAAUGGAAUCCCAGACUGGGUUUACGAAGAGGAAAUGCUUGCUACAAAAUAUGCUCUCUGGUGGUCUCCUAAUGGAAAAUUUUUGGCGUAUGCAGAAUUUAAUGACACAGAGAUACCAGUUAUUGCCUAUUCCUAUUAUGGUGAUGAACAAUAUCCUAGAACAAUAAAUAUUCCAUACCCAAAGGCUGGAGCUAAGAAUCCUGUUGUUAGGAUCUUUAUCAUUGAUGCCACUUACCCUGAGCAUAUAGGUCCCAGAGAAGUGCCAGUACCAGCAAUGAUAGCCUCAAGUGAUUAUUAUUUCAGUUGGCUCACAUGGGUUACUGAUGAUCGAAUAUGUUUGCAGUGGCUAAAAAGAAUCCAAAAUGUUUCAGUCUUGUCUACAUGUGAUUUCAGGGAAGACUGGCAGACAUGGAACUGUCCAAAGACCCAGGAGCAUAUAGAAGAAAGCAGAACUGGAUGGGCUGGUGGAUUCUUUGUUUCAACACCAGUGUUCAGCCAUGAUACCAUUUCAUACUACAAAAUAUUUAGCGACAAGGAUGGCUACAAACAUAUUCACUAUAUCAAAGACACUGUGGAAAAUGCUAUUCAAAUUACAAGUGGCAAGUGGGAGGCCAUAAAUAUAUUCAGAGUAACACAGGAUUCACUGUUUUAUUCUAGCAAUGAAUUUGAAGGCUACCCUGGAAGAAGAAAUAUCUAUAGAAUUAGCAUUGGAAGCCAUUCUCCAAGCAAGAAGUGCAUUACUUGCCAUCUAAGGAAAAAAAGGUGCCAAUAUUACACAGCAAGUUUCAGCGACUAUGCCAAGUACUACGCACUCGUCUGCUAUGGCCCAGGCCUCCCCAUUUCCACCCUUCAUGAUGGCCGCACCGACCAAGAAAUUAAAAUCCUGGAAGAAAACAAGGAAUUGGAAAAUGCUUUGAAAAAUAUUCAGCUGCCCAAAGAAGAAAUUAAGAAACUUAAAGUGGAUGAUAUUACAUUGUGGUACAAGAUGAUUCUUCCUCCUCAGUUUGACAAAUCAAAGAAGUAUCCCUUGCUAAUUCAAGUGUAUGGUGGUCCCUGCAGUCAGAGUGUAAGAUCUAUAUUCGCUAUUAGUUGGAUAUCUUAUCUUGCAAGUAAGGAAGGGAUAGUCAUUGCCUUGGUGGAUGGUCGAGGAACAGCUUUCCAAGGUGACAAACUCCUGUAUGCAGUGUAUCGAAAGCUGGGUGUUUAUGAAGUUGAGGACCAGAUCACAGCUGUCAGAACAGGAAGCCACAAAUUCUAUUGAUUUUUCACAAUAACAUAAAUGACGCUUAGAACUGAAAUGAAGAUUGGACCAGAGGCUGUAACUGUCUACCUUUACCUCCUCUGAGCCAUUUUUGGAUGGAACCUGAAGACAGUUUUUGUACUGUAGAUCAGACAUAUGUUCACUCAUUGACUCAGCCAUUCAAGAGCAGGUGAAGUAGUAUAUGCAAUUACAAUACUCUGUAUAAAAUCAUGCAAUUCACAAUCUCAACUUUCAGUGCACUUACAGUUUCUGAAGAGAGAAUAAACCACAUGGAACUUUCUGUAUUUACCUCAGUGAACAGGGGUGUCUGUGUGGCCCAUGCAAACUGCGUCUACAGCAAUGGAGAUGCCAACUGGCCUUCACCUUGCUUGAAGCCACUAUUCUGCAAAAGUAUAAGGGAGGCCUUGAAGCCUGAUGUUUUGAGAAGACAAAAGCUAGAGAAUAGAUUCAUAGUGAUAAUUCUGGAAAGAAUUCAAUCACAUAUUUUCCAGAGAAAUAUUUUAGGAAUCAGACCCUGAAUGUCUGACCUGAAGACUUGGGAUUGUAAUCCCUCUAUGAUAGCCCUCCAACUCUUGUUGCUGUCUUUCAGUCACUAAACUGUGUCUGAUUCUGCAACCCCAUGGACCAUAGUCCACCAGGCUUCUCUGUCCAUGGUCCUCAAAUUACCUCUUCCUGCAAAAAAAAAAAAAAAGAAAAUGAAAUUUGUUUCCUUGAAUCUCUUAGGAAAUGCAAUCAGGCUAAAUUUUUUACAUAGCAAAAAAAUCAUAUGUACAUAUUUGAAAAUACUAGUCAAGGUUGAGAAAUAAAUUCAACGAAGCAAAGCAGGGGGAAAAAAAAGCCCUAAGCUGCACAAAUUUUGAAUGCCCCAAAGGAAAUGCAUUUGAGGUCAAAGCUUAAGUAAAACUGAGACCUAUGUUCUUCAGUCUCCUUUGCAAGUGGUACACAUGUGAGUCCCUUAAAGCUUCAGUAGUUAUAGGGUCAAAUCUGCUCAUUUGGGGUAAGUUCGGCACUUUAGACUUUCCCACUAUUUUGAAACUUUAUAUAACUUCAGGGAUAGUGAUAAGAAUUAUAUGAGAAACAAUAUACUGUUAUACAUGAUACCAAUAAAAACAUUUCC